CUUGUACACCGUGUACAAUUCCUCCUCCACUAAUGCUUCUCGCCCCAUUGUUGCCAUGCGCUGUCUUGGUGAAGGCAGGUCUUUGACUCACCAAGCGCUGAUUGCGGCCGCGCUCUGGGAGGAGAGUGUCCGGACUCAAGAGUCACCGCCUUUGCUAUCGAAGAAGCGUGUGUUGCGAGCUUCACUAUGCUCCCACCUCGACGAACCGACCACUACGUGUUGCCAUCGUAUACCACACACGCCACUUGCCACGAUGCCUUUGACCACCGUAAGAUACGAGUCCAUUGCGUACUGUUUCCGACGCACCGUUGGAGCUUUGCCAGUCGUUGCGACGCUCGCACACCUUGUGUGUUGUAUAACCAGACCCGUCAGAACUGCGAACCGUCUAAGAAUCUCGACGAACAGCACUGCCAAUGCUGACAUCUGCAAAGCGUGGAAGUCUUCAGAUAGCCGAACUCGUCCGGUUGAAGACUGUCUUCAACGUGCAGUCAGAACAAUGGGGACCGAGUCGUCACCUGUCUACCUAACUAUACUGAUCACCGCACUUCGUCCUCGCAGUCGCCCUUCAUGCUCUUGGUCGUCACCCAACCAGCAAAUUGCCCACCGAAACCCGACAUACACAUACCUGUAGAGAGGCGAAGAUUGUGUCGUGGACAUACCUAUAAUGCGGCACAGUGGCAAGACAUGGCUUGAGUGAGCCUACCCUUUGCGCUUGAUACAAGGACAUAGGUGAGAACGAUGAAUUCUCGAGGCUCAUGGUACAGCCUGGAGGUCUUUAUCACAUCCCACGGGUUGUGCCACAGAGCGAUAGCGGAACACACUCAUGCAUGUGUGACUACGUGCAUGCACUCACCACGAAUUCGUUCCUGGCCCACUGCCCCUCAGAAUACCCGUUCACGCCCCCUCACCCGGCUUCUCUUAAUUGUCUGGCAUUAUCCGAUAAGCAAAACCGAGUCCUGUUGCUAGGCCUCCACAUUCGGUGGAAGCUGUGCCGAAAGCUUGUAGUCUCUACCUACCAAGCUUCGUUCCGACCACUGGGG